GAUUGAUCUCGACAACCACCAUGUGCGCUCCGGCCACAGAAAGGUACAUACCUGCCAUUGAGCACUCAUUUCUCGUCAAGAGAAUGUCUGCAAGUCUUUUGUUCAUACAUCAGGCGAUUAACACGACGUUCAGGCGCCUAAAUCCAACAACCCAUACCGCCUCCUGCUCCACAAGUUGUACUCGUUCCUCGACCGCCGUACCGAGAGCAAGUUCAACUCCACUGUCCUGAGGAGACUGCGUAUGUCGCGCAUCAACACCCCACCGAUGUCUCUGUCCAAGAUUGUUGCGGUCUCUGCCAACAAGCACAGCGCCGAGGCUCAAGAGGGCAAGAUCCGCGCAGUCGUCGGCACAGUCACCGAUGACAACCGUCUCCUCGAGCUCCCCAAGCUCAGCAUCUGCGCCCUUCGCUUCACUGCCACUGCUCGUGCUCGCAUCGAGAAGGCCGGCGGCGAGUGCCUCACAUUCGACCAGCUCGCCCUCCGCGCGCCAACCGGCUCCAACGUUCUGCUCCUCCGUGGUCCCAAGAACGCCCGUGAGGCUGUCAAGCACUUCGGCUUUGGUCCUCACACCGACAAGAAGCCAUACGUCGAGAGCAAGGGCCGCAAGUUCGAGCGUGCUCGUGGUCGCAGACGGUCGAGAGGUUUCAAGGUCUAAGCCAGUCGCUCUUGCGCUUCUGGUUUGGAUGGGUUCAAGGGAUGGUAUAGGCGUUGCAGUCAAAAUAUGGCGUCUUCCAGAUGAGCAUGAAAGGAUCCCUGCAUCGGGCGUUUCCUCGGCGUGUCUGCCAGGGUAUAAGGAAGUCCCAAUCGCUAGGCAGUGCAUGGUAUGACAAAAAUGAUCAAUCUUGAACCCCAUCGUUCAGU